GGCACUUCGCCAGAUGUAGGCGAAAGAUUUCAGGACACGCAUGUUCCAUCAUCCAUCCUUCUUGCCCCAGUUAUUUGUCCCUUCUCCGACGCCUCGUAGGUGCGAAUUGACAUAAUGGAUUCAUCAAAAAUCUACACCUAUUGGGACCAUACGUUCGCAUGGACGCCCCUUCAUCAGACGAGGGAACAGUUGCGUUCAAAGAUGCACACUUAUGACAGGCUUGGGGAUAAAUGUAUCGACCAGAUCAACGAUAUCGGCCGUCAGGUAGUUAAUCAAGACAGGCAAAAUGAUCCAGACAGGAAGUUACCCGAUCUGGAUGUGUACAUUAUGCUGAGGGAUCACGCAAAAGAUGAUCGGAAGCUUAGUGAACUCUGGGUACAAGUCAACACAGUGCCGGACUGGGUUGAUUGGCAGCAGAUCAAACGGGGACAGGAGGUGUUCUUCCGUUAUGGGCUUCCCAUUCUGAACGUGCUGAACUUUGAAAGCCUCUUGGGCGGCAUGUUAGUCACUCUGCAGAAAGUUCCACCAGGCUUCGGCUUAUUCCUACUUAGGGGCUCACCAAGUGUUGUUAAGGCCUUAACCUUAUGUGGAGGCUUCAACAAUAUAUAUGUCGUGCGGAAGAGACUACUGGAGACCCUACAGUUUAUCCUCCAAGUCUCUGAAUCCGUUGGCGCAAUGAAGCCAGGCGGUGUUGGUAAUAUCUCAUGCAUCCGCGUUCGGCUGCUGCAUGCUUAUCUUCGCUCCUUGAUUUGUGUUCGGGAAAGCCUUGCAACAAUUAGCAGUUUCUCGUCCAUCAUCAUCUGGCUUGGCCUCCCCCGGCAAGGUAUCUGGCUCCGCAAGCAAGAGAUAGACGACUACCUAGCUCUCUGGAGGCUGGUAGCCUACUACCUAGGUGUCCCAGACGAACCUUUUGCUAGCCAGCAAACCGCACGAGCGCUAAUGGAAUCUCUCCUUGUAUCGGAGGUGGAUCCUAUAAACAUUGGUAGAGUCCUAGCUCGUAAUAUACUCAACGGCCUGGAGAACAAAGCCCCAGCGCAUGCGUCAAUGGGAUUCAUGGAGGCUAUGGUUCGACUUCUGAAUGGGAAGCAACUCUCUGACAGCCUUCAAAUCCCUCAACCCACACUGUACUAUCGGGUUCUGAUAUACGGGUACUGCUUCUUUGUCAUGGCGUUAGCAUAUGGUACCCGGUUGUUUCCGAAGCUCGAUCAGAGGUUUAUCGCGUAUCGUCGUCGAUACUAUUACACCAUGAUAACCGAUCGAGAGAAAGGGCUUGGAGGCGAGUCGCUCUUUGACUUUGUAUACAAGCCAUCUCAUGCAGGGCUGCUCUAUAAAGCAGUGACGGUCAAGGAGGAAGAAAAGAUUCCGAAAACAUCGCGACGCGGCAUUGAAGCACUGGCCCGAAUCACUACAGAUGUGGUGUCUCUUAUGCAGCAAGGUAUAUGA